ACGACAGUAAAUCAAUAUACUUAAUAGUUUUAACAGCAGGUGGAAUGGCAAGCAUCAAAAGCUCAGAAUAAUUAUUAAUUGAUAUAUUCUUUAUUCUUCAUUUAUUUUAUGUUAUCUUAUAUAUUACCUUGUGGAAUAGUCUUUAAUAUUUAUGGCCUUUUUAACAUUUUAGGGAUUUUUAAUUAAACUCACUUUUUAUGAAAUUAUUAAGAUUGAUUAUCAGGCAUUUAAUAUUUUAAAUCAUAGCACGGCAUCUAAAGGUUAAUAAACUGUGAAAUAUUUGAAAGUUAAUAAAUAUUUUCAUCUCAAUAUUCAUUCAAAAAAGGCAGAAAUCGUAUCUCUGAGAAGUUAUCACGCUAUAUUAUAAUAUGAUGAUAUAUUUCUAAUUAACAGGAAAUCUUGAUUAUAUUGUAUUUAAGUUUACCUUACAAUUUCUCUAAGCUCUCUUACUCAUUUGAUUAUUUCUUUUCUCACUUACAAAUUAAGAAAAUCAAUACCUACAGGUGUUCCGCUCCAGCUAAAACAAUAAUUGAUGAUUGCUUCUUUGCAUAUUUGUUUAUUUAGCAGAAAGAGUAUUUCGUUCGAUCCAUCCAAGUGCACUUAGGACGGGUAAAAAAGUCAUAAUUAAUCAUUUGACUCGUUCUCUCUCCGAUGCGACUACAGAUCGAGAAAAAAGCUUUCAAUUCCGUCGUAUUAAUUUCUCAUUCCCUCUGCGACGCCCUGCGGCAUUCACGGAGAAAUUCGCGCAUAAAUAUUUUCGCUAAUUUUCCAAAGGAGAUGCUCUCUCUCUCUUCUUCGCAAUAUUGCAACGAUCGCUGGGCGCAAUUUCGCUCGCGAGCACAGUGAGUAAUUUGAUAUACGUGCGAUUGCCUUUUGAUUUUUUGGAAUCGAUCACGCGUGUUCCUUUUUCCGCCUUCUUUCUAUGAGAAGAAUUCGGAAGGAGGAUCCACGUGGUUUCCCCUUCCGCGAGGAUGGAUUUAUUCCAAAGAUUGCACCUUUUCUGUGCGCAACUUGUUACACCCGGUCGUUUACAGUGAAGGUCAUCGCCCAUCCCGACAAUUCCACCAGCUUCGAGGUGAUCGAGUCGCAAUUGGAGAACCCGCUGAUCGACGCCAAGCAUCGGGACCUGCUCGCCAUGAAGCAGAUCCCUAUCCCGGGCGGUCAUCAUCAUCGCAGUCAUCAUAAGAGGAACCAGACGGACGAUUCCGAACACACAGGUAUGGUAUUACCAUCGUCCACGUCAGAUAUCGACAAGCUCCAGCAGCCGGUGAAGCUGAUCUUGCCCAGCACGUGUCAUCACGCUUACACGUCCUGCAUAAAUGAUCCGCAUUGCAAGAAACUGCUGCAACCGGUCCUGAAUCACUGCGACUCGACGACGUGCGCGAGGAACGAAUGCAUGGAAGCUCUGCAGCACUUCUACACGCAUCCCGACAAUCACAAGCACUCCGUGGAGAUCGCCUUUUGUCUGUGCAGAAAAACGGACGGCAGAAAGGACGAGUGCAUAGUGGCGCAGGAGAAAAUGCACCCAAUGUGCGCGCAGCGCGUGGAGGGUGCCGAGAUGCCGACAUGUCACAGCCUGGCCGAGAGUUGCAAAGAAAACAGGAGCUGCAGGCUCAGUCUAGAGCAUUACGAGCAAAGCUGCGCGGUCGACAGCGUGACGAAGAAAUGCGCCGGGCCGAACGCAGAAUGCAGAAAAGCGAUGCUGGGCAUCCUUGGCACCGAGCUCCACAUCAAUUGCGCAUGUAAAGGCACGGAGCUCACCCAACUCUACGGUUGUCUGGGUUGGCAGCGGCUCCUCUGGGUGAAUCCUUGCGUAGUGGAGUCGCAGAAGGACUAUCACGCGCGCAGGAAACACCAUCAUUCGCGAACGACGACGACGGCGAAGACGUCGACGACGAUGACGCCAGUCGUGUCGACGACGAGGUUACCGUCUAGCACGACGGCGACCAUCGCGGUCGAACAAGUGGAAGAUAAUCAAAUACCGGAAGUGACAAGGUGGCCGACCACCGAACCCACGGAAACUUGGGAAAUCACGACAACCACUAUAAGCACCACUCCGAGCACCACCACGACCACCACGACGCCACCCCGCUUCUGCGUGGUUCAAAGGCCGAGGCAGAGCCACCAAUAUAUAAGAGAGGGCAAGGGCAAAAGGCUCUAUCGUGAGGACGAGCCGGAAUGCUCGGAGCUCUGCCACUGUGGUGAGGGCGAGCAACUCGUCUGCAACACGAUCUGCGUCGACUCAUCACCUUGCAAGACGGACUUUGCUUUCUACAACCACGAGGCGCCGGCCUAUCAAGCGCAUCGGGGACCUUGUCUUUGUUACAGUGGCGGCUUCAUAUGCAUGCGGCCUUCGCCUGACACAUACAGUAUACCACACGGAGUUUUCAUGUUCCUGGGGUACAGCGAAAAAGACGAGACCUUAUUGAAGCAGCACAACAACGUGACCGUGCUGGACGCGGUGUCGUCUCUUGACAAUUUCAUGAGGGAAGAAGUCAAUAAUCAGACAGUAUGCACGCUCUUCUUGUACAACGCGACCCGAGAAAACGUGAUUGCAGUGGCGCGGCUCGGGACCGACAAUCCACCCUUAAAUAGCAGCCAGGCACAGAGUCUGCAGCACCUGCUGCGCGUCAAGAAGGAGUGCGCGUCGAUGAUGCAAGACCUUAGCGACAAGAUCAACAAUAAGCACCACGAGGUACACAUGCAUCCGUUGCUCUCAAUCUUCAAGAUGGCCGAGGUGGAAAUCAAGAUGCCCUACAGCAAUGAGGCGGCGAUCUCCAGGUCAUCGUCGGCGUUCCUCGUCGUUCUGCUUGUCUUUGUCGGACUUCUCGGCUCGAUCUGUCCCUUCGGUUCGUGACAGGGACAUCAGAACACCACGAGGAGU